UGACUUACGGGCAUGCGUUGUAGAUUAGGAAUAACGUAUUUUUGCUGGUUCAAAAAAAAGGCAACGGAAAUCUAGUUACAAGAAAUUUUCUAAAAAUUUUCGAAAAGUGACAGUCUUCAUUUUUAAUCUUUGCAGAAUUACAAUGGAAAACCAGGAGGUAUCCACACUCAAGUUGAGGAACUGCCUGGAGAGUUGGAGAGAAGUUGUCGUUUUAGUCCAUUCCAUACUCUUAUGGGACAAUAAUUGGUAUCCCGCCGCAAUAUUUGGGGGCACCUCGUUUGUAUUUUGUAGCUUGUGGCUCUUCGACCCUAGCGUACUCACUACCUUCUCCAUUGUUGGAUUAACGAUUUCAAUAAGCGACUAUCUUGUACCAAAAGUAUCGGCAGCACUUUUUCGAUCUGAAUUGUGGACUGACGAGAAGGAAGAGGCUUUCAACAAAUUUUGCGCAAAUGUCGUGGCGUGCAAGUUUAAGUUCGUUACCCUUAUUAGCAGUUUUUACGGCAUGCGCUGCAGCAAUACUAAAAUGUAUUAUGGUUGUACAAUACUCGGCCUUGCGGUGUUGGCAUGGAUUGGAAACACGUUUAACAAUUUGUUUUUAACGUACACUUUGAUCACUACGUUUCUACUUAUUCCAGGAUUAAUUCGUCACAGAAUUUUGGAUAAUUGCGUUGAUUUCAUAUCCAAGAAGCUAUCCCAUUGCCCAAAAUUCUCAAUUGCCAAAAAAGAACAAUAAGGUUCUUAUUGUAAGAAUUUCGUUAGGUUUAACGGGAGAUUGUAUGUGAUAAUGCAAUACAGCUAUGACUGAUUUCUUCUGCUAUUAAUGGCAAACUUUUAGAUGUAAUAUGUUCUUUUCAUUCUGAAAAUGGUUAUAUUUUCAAAUAAAGUACAUUUGUAAUAAAAUG